AAUGUUUUAUUUGUGGAUGUAAACCAACCGAAAUGAAUGACAUUGAGGCAGUUAAAUAUCAAUCAUGCAUAACAGAAAAUUAUAAGUAUGGAUUGUCAACGUUGCAUGCGUGAAUACGUUCUUUUGAGUAUUUUAUUCAUCUGUCGUAUAGAUAAGAAAUUAAAACUUGACAGGUUAAGGCUGUAGACAAAGAUUUGUAUAGUGUUCGUAAAUAACAUAUUUAGGUCUGAAAUGGAACUAUUAGUAGAUAUUGUGUUACAAGGACAUGGAACUACGAACAAUAGCAAUACUGCAAGGAAAUUUUUUAAAAACGCUGAAUUGUCAUCCUCCUGUACUGUGAUUGAUAUUAAUUUAAUUAAGUGCUGUGGAACAAUUUUACCGGUAAUAGCGAGCGGAUAUAUAAUAAACAUAAAGGCCUUUGAAGAAUAUUGUUUUUUAACAGCUAAAUUGUUUGUAUCAUUGUAUCCGUGGUACUAUAUGCCGGCGUCAGUGCAUACAAUUUUGUUACACGAUGCUCAUAUUAUUCAAUAUGCGCCACUUCCUAUAGGCAACUUAUCUGAGGAGGUACAAGAGAGUCACAAUAAAUAUUCUAAAAUGUACCUAGAACAUCACACCAGAAAGAAUUCGCGCUUAAAUACUAAUGAGGAUUUAAUCCACAUACUUCUUAUCUCAUUGGAUCAUUAAAUUUCUAGUAUUGAUAGAAAUAAGCAAGUGCAUUUAAAAUAGUUAUCAGAAGAUGGUAAGAUGUUAGUAAU